AAUGUGCAUUGUGCAUUUAUCGAUUCGAACCAUGUGGCAACGCUCAAUUGGCGAAAACGUUUGGUUGCAAAGAAAACGUAAACAAAAACAAAGAUUUUGUUGAUGAAAUUGAAUAAAUAUGGGACCACCAAUUAAGCGUUACAGACGUACCUCAAGGUCAUCCGAUGAAGACGAGAAGGAUGACAGUUAUGUGCCCUAUGUGCCGGUCAAGGAGCGCAAGAAGCAGCAUUUAAUGAAGCUGGGCCGCAUCGUUCAGCUGGCAACGGAGACAACACAGCCAAAGUCUUCCAGUGAGAAUGAAAACGAUGAUGAUGCACAAGGCGCCCAGGAUGCGGAGACCUGGGGCCGCAAAUACAACAUCAGUUUGCUGGACCAGCACACAGAGCUGAAGAAAAUCGCCGAGGCUAAGAAAUUGAGCGCCGUCGAGAAACAGCUGCGCGAGGAGGAGAAAAUUAUGGAGAGCAUUGCGCAGCAGAAGGCGCUGAUGGGCGUCGCGGAGCUGGCCAAGGGCAUACAGUACGAGGAACCCAUUAAGACAUCCUGGCGCCCACCACGCUAUAUAGAAGCUAUGCCGGAGGAGGAGCGGCAAGCAAUACGAAACCAGCUGAGAAUCUUGACUGAGGGCGAGAAUCUCAGUCCGCCCAUACGUAGUUUUCGAGAGAUGAAGUUCCACAAGGCCAUACUCAACGGCCUGGCCGCCAAGGGCAUCAAGAAGCCAACGCCCAUACAAGUGCAGGGCCUGCCCACGGUGCUGGCUGGCCGGGAUCUCAUUGGCAUUGCGUUCACUGGCUCCGGCAAGACGUUGGUCUUUGUGCUGCCCAUUGUGAUGUUUUCCCUCGAGCAGGAGUUCCGAUUGCCCUUUGAACGCAACGAAGGUCCGUAUGGCCUUAUUAUAUGCCCGUCCCGCGAGCUGGCCAAGCAGACGCACGAGAUCAUCCAGCACUACAGCAAACAUCUGCAGUUGUGCGGCAUGCCGGAGAUUCGCUCCUGCCUGGCAAUUGGCGGACUGCCGGUCAGCGAGGCGCUCGAGGUGAUAUCGCGCGGCGUGCACAUUGUGGUGGCCACACCCGGCCGACUGAUGGAUAUGCUGGACAAGAAGAUAUUGACGCUGGACAUGUGCCGUUAUCUGUGCAUGGACGAGGCGGAUCGCAUGAUUGACAUGGGCUUCGAGGAGGAUGUGCGCACCAUAUUCUCCUUCUUCAAGGGUCAGCGCCAGACGUUACUCUUCUCGGCCACCAUGCCAAAGAAGAUUCAAAACUUUGCGGUCUCCGCCCUCGUCAAGCCCGUGACCAUAAAUGUGGGACGAGCGGGCGCUGCGUCCAUGAAUGUCACACAGCAAGUCGAAUAUGUGAAGCAGGAGGCAAAGGUGGUCUACCUGCUGGACUGUCUGCAGAAGACGGCGCCGCCAGUGCUCAUUUUCGCCGAAAAGAAGCAGGAUGUGGACUGCAUACACGAGUAUCUGCUACUCAAGGGCGUCGAGGCGGUGGCCAUACAUGGCGGCAAGGAUCAGGAGGAGCGUUCGCGUGCCGUCGACGCUUACCGUGUGGGCAAAAAGGAUGUGCUCGUUGCCACAGACGUGGCCUCCAAGGGUCUCGAUUUCCCCAACGUGCAGCAUGUCAUCAACUACGAUAUGCCCGAUGACAUUGAGAACUACGUGCAUCGCAUCGGUCGUACGGGUCGCUCGAAUACCAAGGGUCUGGCCACGACGAUGAUUAACAAGAUUACCGAACAAUCCGUGCUGAUGGACUUGAAGCACCUGCUGCUCGAGGGCAAGCAGGAGGUGCCCGAUUUCUUGGAAGAGCUGGCGCCCGAGGCUGAACACCAGCAUCUCGAUCUGGGCGACUCGCACGGCUGCAGCUACUGCGGCGGUCUGGGCCAUCGCAUUACCGAGUGCCCCAAGCUGGAGGCGGUGCAAAGCAAACAGGCCUCCAAUAUUGGACGGCGCGACUAUUUGUCUAACACGGCUGCCGAUUACUAGAUUUACGUUUACACUAUUUUACAAAAUAAACAAGACAAAUGUGCAAAACAU